AUGGCAUACAUCUCGAACUGGGUCCGAUACAUGGCUCACAAGCUGGAGUACUCUCUCACUCUCAGCCUUAAGAAUCAUACUAGAGAGAAGCUCAGUGAGAGGGAACUCAUUGGUGUAGUCUUGAAGAAUCUGGUUUCUGGAAGGAUUACCUACUUACACUCAGGUAAAGGACAAGAGAUGGCCCCAACCAUGGGAACAAAUGAAAACACUCUACUUGUCCGUAAGCUACCAGUUGUUGAUACCAGGUAUGUGUUCAUUGGAGAUGCUGUUGUGUUGAAGGACCCGAAUGAAACAAAUAAGUAUCUAGUCAGAAGAUUAGCAGCCUUAGAAGGAUCCGAAAUGGUGUCAAGUGAUGAGAAAGACGAGCCUUUUGUUCUCGAAAAGGACCAGUGCUGGGUCGUAGCUGAGAACAAAGAGAUCAAAUCUAAGGAAGCAUAUGAUAGUAGAACAUUUGGUCCGGUGUCAAUGGCGGACAUAGUAGGAAGAGCUAUAUACUGUCUCCGGACAGCCGUGGAUCACGGUCCAGUAAGUAACAGUGAAUUUGCCAUGGAAGAGGAUUCUCCAAUCCUGGCGGUAGAACUGAAUGUGGAUGAAAUGGCUAAAGACCACAAGGCCUAA